AUGUUAUACAAGACGUACUUUGUGGCUACUUGGGUUGAUCAGUAUCUGCAUCUAGGGAACACAACUACUAAUAGAGUUGAGAGCAGCCAUUCUAAACUGAAAAAGUACCUCUCCAACUCUGUUGGUGGAUUUGUGCAGUCUUUCAACAAAAUUAACUUGUUGCUGCAAGGACAAGUUAUUGACAUUAAGGCUUCCUUUGAAGACAGUCUAACUAGGGUGCCAAUUCGUUUUAGGGUGUCUUUUUAUAAGGAAUUGAUCAAUAUGGUAUCUACUACUGCAUUGGUGAAGAUUGAGACUGAAUUAGCUUCCAUUGGCAGUGAAGGUGCAACUGCAGAUAAAUGUCUUCACACCACUGCCAAGUGCUAUGGUCUGCCAUGUGCUCAUAUGCUGACCAAUUACAGGACUGAAGGUAAAAGCAUACCACUGAGUGAUGUUCAUAGUUAUUGGAGGAAAUUGUGCAUCCAACCAUUCAGUCAAGAAGCUACUGAUGAAAUUAGAAUUGAUACUGAGAUAGAUAUUGUGUGGAAGACUUUUGAUUUAGCUACUGUACCUCAAAAACUAGAAAUCAAAAGACAGCUUCAGGCAAUAGGCAAGGCAUCCAGCACUAGCAUAUUAGAGCCAAAGACAAAGGUGAACUUGAGGGGGAGGAAGAAGGGGCAAAAAGGGAUUAGAACAAGUCAGGUUGAGGACAAAUCAACAAAGCGUGAUCCUUCUGGUUUUGAACAUGCACUUGAGAACCAUGUCUUUGAUGAUGUUCAGCCAAGCCAGACAUCAACUCAGAGUUUCAAAAAAACUGCCAAGUUGAAAGUGCAUAGAACUAGAAAGGCAAACACACAGAAUUGGGUGACUCUGUUUCCAGACUUCCUGCAGCCAUACAUUGUUAAUAUUGUUGAUGUCCCUGGAGAUGGCCAUUGUGGUUUCAGGGUUGUUGCAUCAUUCUAUGGUUGGGCAGAGGACGCCAUGGCAGAUGCUCACAAUUGGAUGAUCAUGCCAUACAUGGGAAAUGUGGUAUCAACAUGUUACAAUGUUGUAGUUGCCAUCAUUUCAACAGAACAAUGCCUGACAUUUUUCCCACUAAGGGAUCCAAUGCCACUGGAUUACAACCAAAAUAUCAUGGUUUUCGGGUAUGUCAAUGACUCUCACUUCAUUAGAAUGGAGUUAGGGCCAGAUAGUCCAAUCCCUCCUGUGUCAAAGAUAUGGUCAGAUAAUCAUCAUCCCAGUGCAAGAGGAUGGCCAGACAUGUAUGCUUCUAGGAUUGAAAAAUUCAAGGCACUUUCAGUUGCAGUAGCAAAAUGUCCUUCUCACAAUGUCAAUGUCAGCAUCAAUUUUCACCUCAUCUUUGGAGUUACGGUGAAAUUGACAUGUUCCUCGUCAUCAAUCUCUUCUCCGUCGAAGGUGCUAACACGUCACUCCAUUGAAGGUUCUAUCGUAGGUCUCUGUCGAGGGUGUUGUCGUGGGCCUCUGUCCACAGUGUUGUGGGCGCAUCUCAAUCAAAGGUUGGGAGUGGGUCUCCAUCUUCUGGUAGGUGAAGAAGAAGGAGAGAAGAAUUUGGGGUUGAGAAUGGAUGUAAAUAGUGCUCAUCCGAAGUUUUUGCGUGGAAAAUUGUUCGUUGCCCAACAUUUUGUCCUUUUUGAGGUCAACCAGCCUCGAGUGAUUCUUGACCUGCAAUCAGCUCCAUGGACUUGCUAUACUAGAUAG